AUCAAACUUGGCCUUCAUGCUUAUUCAACCCUAUUUGGAACUUUUCUUUGCAAUUCAGAGCGUGAGCGUCAACAGAUUUCUUUGACUGAACGCACAGUUUCACUCUGGGCUUUGCUUUCAUCUAAACUCAAUUGGAAAGUUUUACAGCCAGAGUGGCAGCAACGAAGUCUCUAUCUUUGGCAUUCUCUAUAUCAAAAUGCGCUUUUUCCACUUAUGCAACUUUCCUCUCCGUCUGAGGCCCUUAAUGCCAUCGAAAACUCGUCGAGGCACACAAACAGUCCUCCUCCAUGCUCACUUUCAGCUGUCAGCAAUCGAACCACCGCAAUAUCGCUCCCCUGCAGUGAAGAGAGACCCUCGUUUAAGCCCGUUAACAGCCAAACUGCAGGGCGACUUAUCGAUUCACCAGCUGAUUUGCAGCCAUCCACAGGCCUGCAUACCGCCUUUAAUCCCGACAAUAGUCUGGGACCACUGACUGCGGAUAUUGAGCUGGCACACCGUUAUGUAGCUAAUGUGGGCAGCCAAAGUGGCCCGGCCACCAAUCUAUGCACUAAGGAUGCACAGGAAGGGAUCAACCGUCCUGAUUGCGAAGUUUGCAAUGUUGGCUGCUUCGUGAAUGGUGGAGGUGUCAAUAAUACUGUUUCUUUAAGGGCACCGACAAAUGGAUCUGGGGAUCCUAACGAGUUGGGCCGAAUGCGCGAACGCCAUCGGUCUUUAUCAACUAGCGACCUAGAUUCGGGCCAGGCAAAUUGUAACGCCUAUGCACCAAAGCUUUAUGUUCCUACGCUGCAUUUGACAGUUGGCCAAGAAGAGCCCUGCACCGCAAUACCAGGACAUGAGAAUGGACAGUUCGUUUAUUCAACCCUAUCAAGACAAACAGCUUUACCAUUGGAGACCUCCGUGAAGACUCUUUUGGCAAAAGACGAUGAAGACGAGCUUUUCUCGACUGGUGAAGGUGACUUAGUAGGCCAAAGACUGGCACUCGAAGGGGUGCUUACCGGCCAAGAGGAUGAUGGGAUUGAAAGAGAGCUUGUCUCUAAUAUACAUACAUCAGACGUGGUUGGUGAUGCUUCUUAUCAGGCCACCUCUGACGCUUGUCGACGUAGAUUGUUAGGUUCGCCAAGCAGUGUUAGUCAUGCCUUUUCGAUCCCUCAUGUCUCUGCCUGGCAGGGUUCCUGCAGAUCAGACCAUCGGAUUUCUCCCUCAACUUCCCUCACUCCAUUUACAUCUGGGCAGAUCCUACUUGAUUUGGCUCAGUCAAGCUCAAUGCCUAUUGAUGCUUCUUUAUCUGACCACCAUGAAUAUCUUGACUAUGCUGGUCAGCAAAUCACUGAGCUGACGGAAACUUCUUCUAUACCAAGUAGUCAAGAGCAGAAUUCUGAAUGGAUGGUAAAGUCUUUCGCUGAUGCGGUCCCAUUUAGAUCAGAUCAGCUUUGCAAUGGCUCCUUUGUGACAGCAGUGACGGAGUUGCCUUCCUUAUCAUCCAAGUUAACCUUAGAAGCCAAUAGAAUCGGGGACUCUGACAUCCUUUCAAACUCCACAAAUGGCAAUCUUACUUCUCAGGUAAGCGCUCAUCUAAACAAAUAUUAA